AUGGAGACGGAAACUCGAGUAUCAGCUAUCACCCGUCGACUAAAAGCCUCCGCCAUCCCUCGAGAGUUCGCCUCCUUCGCGGAAGAAAUCGGAUUCGUCUGCAUAUGCUCUAUGGGCCAGCUCCUAUUUGCAAUACAUCUCUCGCAUACUUUUCUUAUCGGUUCCUUUCUCGUCGCUAAUGGAGUUUCCGUCGUAAUUUCGGGCUCCUUGGCAGAUCUCAUCAGUCCGAAACAGCUCACCUGUGCGGCCUUCAUCUGGCUUUCUCUAUGGAACAUCAUCGGUGCGUUCUCUGUUGUACCUGACAGAAUGAUACUAUUCUUCGCCGCUCGAGCAAUGUCUGGCUUGGCAGUUGGAACCCUUUGCUCCACGGCAAUGAGCAUGCUCGGGAGGGUUUACAAUCCCGGUCUACGGAAGAACCGAGUAUUUUCUUUGAUGGGUGCCAUGAUCCCCCUCGGGUUUGCCAUCGGGUUCAUACAGGGCGGUGCGUUAAGUACACAUUUGCCUUGGAUAUUCGGGUCCACAUCCGUCCUGUCUCUGGUAUGCCUGGUCGCCGCUAUCUGGUGUAUCCCUUCUCUCCCCAAUGAAUCAUUGUCUUUGAAAGACUUUGAUUACAUCGGAGCUGCAGCAGCAAUUCUUGGAUGUGGAUUGUUCAUCUUUGGUCUCACUCAAGGAUCGCCUACGCACUGGACUCCUUACACUUACACCCUUGUCAUCAUCGGAGUUGCCUGUUUAGCCAGCUUCGGUCUCAUUGAGAGCCGAGUACGACGACCGCUGGUCGACAAUCGCCUUUGGAAAACUCCUGGAUUCUUUCCUUUAAUCUUGUCCUAUUUUCUAGGAUACGGUGCUUAUGCAGGGGCCUGGCAAUUCUAUGCGGUGCGCUUUAUACUUACCAUUCAGCAAAAGCCACCCAUCAUUGUCGCAUGUUAUCUUCUCCCCAUCGGUGUGAGCGGAACCCUCGCGUCGUGGAUUGUAUCCAGAACGCUUCACAUAAUACCGGGACACGUUAUUAUGAUGGGAAGCAUGCUUGCGUUUGCCACGGGCCCUGCUUUCUUCUUACCUCAACAAGCGAGUACACUCUAUUGGGCGCUCUCAUUUCCCUGCUUCAUCGUAAGCACUUUUGGACCGGAUAUGUCGUUCGCAGCCGUCUCCGUGUUCAUCACGUCGAACGUGCCCAGAUCGUACCAAGGUGCUGCAGGGAGCCUGGUUAUCACGGCGCAAAACCUGUCCACCGCUGUACUCGCGGCAUUGGGAGACACUAUUGGUGAAAAGAUCACCGAACAGCCAGGGGGUUCCCUAGAUAUAAUGGCCCUGCGUUCUAUCUGGUGGCUGAGCCUGGCGACCGCUUUGUCAGGCGCUUUGAUAUGUGCUUGCUUCGUUAGAAUACCAAGGAGUGAAGAGAAGGAGCACGUCAAUUGA